AAUAGUAAUCUUAAAGCUAUUUAUCAAAAUGAAAUCUGUAAUGUUAGUCGUACUAUUUGUAACAUUUCUUUUUGUAUAUCCGUGUUACGCUGGUACUAAAGGGGCGUUUGGUAAUAGUGUCCACACUGUAGAGAGUUCAUACAUCAAUAUUACUGAAGUACCAUGGCAGGUGUCUCUUGAAUAUUAUAAUUCUCACAUUUGUGGUGGAGCACUUAUAUCACUAGAAUGGGUGGUUACGGCAGCUCACUGUACUGAUGGAAUGUCUGCUAAGUCGCUUCUGAUUCGUGCUGGAACCUCUACUCCCGGCUCCGGUGGUCAAACAUCAAAUGUUUCUGGAAUCUACAUUCAUCCCAGCUAUAACGGCAACACAAUCGACUACGACAUCUCCAUCUUGCGACUAUUGACAAUUUUGACUGAAGAUAGUUUCGUUGCUUCAGUUAAACUUCCCUCUUCUGGCACCAGUUGGCCUUCAGGUACUUCUGGUCUUGUGACAGCAUGGAGUUCGCUUCCUACUUAUUUAGUAGCAAUCACUGUAAAAAUUAUCAGUCAAACCGAAUGCAGUACUGCAUAUAAUGCAGUCAGCAUUAUUACUGACCACAUGUUGUGUGCUACUGCCAGUAAUGGAGAAGCGGACGUCUGUCGUGGGGAUUCAGGCGGUCCGAUGGUAGUUGAUGGUAUUCUUGCCGGUAUUGUGUCUUGGGGCUUCGGUUGUGAGCGUGGCUAUCCAGACGUGUAUACCAAUGUGUCCACUGUUCGUACCUACAUUCAAGAGGUUACAAACCUAUAAAAACAAUCUUCAGAUGCGUAAAUUUAUUAAAUAUGUAUAGAAGUUUUGUAAUGAGAUUAAAUACAUGGUAAUUAUGAAAUUACA